AUGGUUGAGCCAGCGGAACCGCCCUGGGGUCACGGAGAUGGAGCUCCUAUACCCGGUGCGGGCAGGCCUCCGUAUCCCUCGAUGAAGGAAUUGCAGAACAUGGCAGCUUGCUUGAACUUGGGUGAUGAUCCAUCGUUGAACGAGUUGUUACAUAUCUCCGAAGAUGCUAUCAGCAAAGCCAAAAACUUCGCUCAGCGAGGUAAAUACGAUUCCGCACUCGUUAAUUACUUACGCGCCUCUGAUAUUACGGUCAACAUGAUUCCCCGUCAUCCCGAUUUUACAUAUAUGAAGCAGAAUCAUCCAAGGUGGGCAGACCAGUUCUCCAGGUUAAUGAUGCUAAUGAAGCCAAAGCUAGUCGAUUCGCAACACAAAACUAUGGAAGACAUUAAGCGAAAAAUCACGGCCAGCAAUAACGCUCUUUCAAAGGCAGCCAUUAAACACCAGACCUGGUGGAUUCUCAUAGCUGCACAAGAUCCCCUUGCGCAGAGGCUUGCAGGCCUGAGAAACCAGCGGCCGAAUGCCGUGCAAGGCAGCAACAUAUCAAAUGACGGAUCAAAUGGGUCAACAUAUACCAAUACCCUUAACGGAAACUAUGCUGCCUAUCGGCCACGUCCGCAAUCACAGGUUUAUUCAAGCCAGCUCCACAUGACGCCACCAAAACCUCUGGGCCCCCGAGAGAUGAAUUUGUCCGCCCCAACUGUCCCUCCAAAGGUCCCUAUGUCAACGGGGGAUGCACCACUCCCUAGGUACCCGAGCCCUGCCUACAGCCCAAUAUGGACAGUUCCUUCCACCCCGCCACCGAAUCCUCCAAGGACGUCCGUCGACAGUAUACGUAAUACAGUCUACAAACAAACCAACACAGGGGCCACAAAUUCCAACAGCAGCAUCAAUACCAGUGCGGAUAAUCCAUACCGCUCACAGACCCCAAAUGGUGUCCGCCCUGAGACUGACUCUGGAAACAGAGGCUUGGAUAUCCAUGUUGGUCCUACAAUUAGCGCUAGCAAGUUAGUGGAAUACAUCCGAAAAUACGACGUUCUUCUCAUUGAUGUUCGCUCACGAGACCAAUAUGACUCUGGUCAUAUCUACGCCAAGUCUAUCUUAUGCAUCGAGCCUGUGGCGCUAAAGGAGAACAUCUCUGCUGAAGAGCUUGAAGAUCGCCUGAUAAUCUCACCCGACAGUGAACAAUCUCUAUUCUCCAGGCGGAAUGAAUUUGAUCUUGUCGUUUAUUAUGAUCAGAACACGGUCGAGCCAACCUAUUUGAUAGGGUCUCCUGCAGGAAGUGCAGUUCCGCAUCUGCGAGCUCUUUAUGAUACUUUAUAUGAGUUCAAUUUUUACAAACCAUUAAAGGGAGGACGACCUCCAGCUCUUCUAGUUGGUGGGUUAGACGCUUGGGUUGACUUGGUUGGCCCACAAUCCCUAGCAACCUCCCAAACUAGUGCGAUAUUAAGCUCUGUUCGUGCACGAAGACAGGUACCCAACUCAGCGCAGCCUCUACGGAGGAACCCCACUGUAAGCGCUAAUUCAAGCUGGGAGGUAAAGAAGAGGCGGCUACGCGACUACAAGCCUCUUAACCCCGAAGAGGAGCGGGCCUGGCUUGAAAAGGCAAGGAAUGAGGAAAUAGACACGAGCUAUGUUCCUGAAGAAGGAGACAUAACUGAAGAACCAGAGGAAAUCGACGGAUCUACUUCACGGACCCCCUCGUUUGUCCAUACAUAUGAAGACUUCCUCAGAAGAUUCCCUGAACCACAUGAUAUCCGUGAGUCGAUGGUGCAUACAGGAAACGCAGUACAAUUCCCAUUGUACGAUAGUGCUGCUGUCCCAGCUCCAUCCAGACCACCACCUGCCAUCCCUCGGCCAAGUUACAGCGGCGUCGCAGAUCGUGGCCAGACACAGCCACCACUCGCUCGACAAUCGUCUGCCCAUAAACAGGCGUUAUACUCAUCCCCUAUCGACCGGCUAAGGCUCCCCCGAACUGGGCUCAUCAACCUGGGUUCAACUUGUUAUAUGAAUUCGAUAAUACAAAGCCUGAGCGCCACAGUUCAACUCACGAAGUUCUUUGUCGAUAACCGCUUCCAUUCCCAGGUUCAAAAGAACUGGAAGGGUUCUCAAGGCGUCUUACCAGGUCUGUUCGCUAAUUUGAUUCGCUCUUUGUGGAAGAAUGAUGUCGAGGUCAUCCGGCCUACAUCGUUUCGGAAGUUCGUUGGUCGUCUAAAUACAGAGUGGGCGGGAAGCCAGCAGCAAGACGCAAAGGAGUUCUUCGACGUUUUGGUUGAUUGUUUGCAUGAGGAUUUGAAUCUAAAUUGGCAAAGGACGCCCUUACGGCCACUGACAUUUGCGGAGGAGAUGCGUCGAGAACAAAUGCCGAUUCACAAGGUAUCGGAAAUUGAAUGGGGCCGAUAUACUCAUCGUGAAUUAUCUUAUAUAUCAUCUCUUUUCGCCGGACAGCACGCCAGUCGGCUUCGUUGCACCACAUGUCGAAAGACAUCCACCACAUAUGAGGCAUUCUACAGCAUUAGCGUUGAAAUACCCCCAACAGGAACGGGUGACAUCUACCAGUGCCUCAACAGUUACUGUCAAGAGGAAGUGCUCAGUGGCGACGAAGUAUGGAAAUGUCCAUACUGCAAGCGUGAACGAGAGGCCGCAAAACAAAUUAUCCUCACUAGAGCUCCUCGAUUCCUAGUCUUUCACUUCAAGAGGUUCUCCGCCUCGAGGCGCCAGCAAGCUCGUAAAAUCCACACGCCGGUUUCUUUCCCCCUUAACGGCCUCGACAUGACCCCCUUUAUGAUCCAACAACCUCAACCAUCCCAAUCUUCUAGGCCUGUCUCUCCUCUACCAAACAUCAAUAGUACCGACGGUAAUCGAGAUGAUCUACAACUACACACCUCCAAAUCCCAAUCAAUGUUAAAGCCCCAUGAACUUGCAACUUCCAGCCCAUAUAUUUAUAACGCCUACGCUGUCGUACGGCAUUUAGGCUCCACGAUGAAUGAAGGUCAUUAUAUCUCCUUGGUUAGAGAUGAUCUUCGCAAAUGCUGGCGGAAGUUUGAUGAUCAACGAGUAACGGAUUUCCAACCAAGUUCUUCCAGGUCUUCCCCUGAUAAUUUGCAAAAUGAACAGGCCUACUUGGUUUUUUAUGAACGGACCCCAGUUAACUGA